AAAUUUUCUUUACAUGCUGUAACUAUUUGCUUUUAUUAUAGUUUGUAGACAUACUCAUUACAGCUGUAAAAUACUGUUAAAUAUAUUAGGUACAUGCAUGCAAGUGCCUAUAUCAUGCAGGUAGAAAUGUUUGGACUGUCAGAUCUGUGGUUUCUAGAGUUAAAGGAAAUGAGAAUCUAUAAUACAAACCAAAAUGUACAAGCCCACCCUCAUUUGCAAGAUGAACACAACCACCAACAGGCAAUGGAGUAUGGCGCUGUCCACCCCUGCUUCAACAGCACAAACUAUUUUCACGAAGGGAAAUUUCACAACAAGCACUCCAGAUUAUUACGGUGGUUAUAUUGAUUACAAUGACCUGGACCUGGACAGCUACACACCAUGUAAAUAUGAAAACCAUGCAACCUACAUUCUACCCGCCUUCUUCAUCUUUUUCUUUGUGAUUGGCAUUCUGGGAAACUCCUUGGUCCUUUGGAUAAUUGCGUGUGGAGUCCGUCUUCGAAGCAUGACUGAUGUUUGUCUCCUAAACUUGGCUGUGGCGGACCUCCUCCUGGCUUGCACCCUGCCCUUCCUAGCACACCAAGCCUGGGACCAAUGGAAAUUUGGAGAUGCAAUGUGCAAAGUGGUCCUUGGAGUCUAUCACAUUGUAUUAUAUUGUGGCAUCUUCUUCAUUUGCCUUAUGAGCAUUGACCGUUAUCUGGCUAUAGUCCAUGCUGUUUACGCAAUGAGGGCAAGGACACGCUCCUUUGGCAUGAUUGCAGCUGGGGUCAUAUGGAUUGUGGGAUUUUGUGCAUCUUUCCCUGAUAUUAUCUUUCUUCAAGAAAAACACACAGUACAAAAAAACGUGUGCUACCCUUUUUACCCUAAAGAUGAACAAGAAGAUAUACAUUUCUGGAGAGUGUUUAGUUUUUUCAAAAUGAAUGUUUUAGGGUUACUAGUGCCAUUGCUAAUCAUGGGUUUCUGUUAUUCACAAAUCCUGUGGAGGUUAAUGUCAAGUCGGACAUCAAAGAAACAAGCAAUCCGUUUGGUUCUCCUAGUAGUAGCUGUGUUCGUCUGUUGCUGGGCCCCCUAUAAUGUUGUGAUCUUCUUCAAAGCACUGGAGUAUUUGGGUAUCUAUACAGAAUGCCACAGCAGUCAAGCCAUUGCUAAUGCUUUACCGAUAACAGAGGCCGUGUCCUAUUCUCACAGCUGUCUCAAUCCCAUUUUAUAUGUCUUUGUGGGAGAAAAGUUUAGGAGACAUUUGAUAAGGUUAAUCAACAGAACCCCUUGUAGUCUGUGCAGGUUUAUCAAGGUCCUUUUACCCCAGGACCGUGCCAGUGGGUCGAUGUACUCUCAGACCAGCAGCCUAGAUGAGAGGAGCACUGCUGUGUAGAAAACGGAUGUGGUUGUGGUUUUGAUGCUGGUUACAAAGAGUAGGUUAAAUGUUGAGUGUUGUAUGCACAAGUGUAAAUACAAUAGGUAACCCAAAGAGUUGUGUAAUAAAAGUUCAGUUAUUAGUCAUGCUAUGUCCAUUUGUAUAUUAAAAACAUUUAACAGUGCUAGAAAGUAACAUAGAAUUGAAUGUGCAACUAAUUGGUAUUCUAAAACAAAACAAAAAAACUGUAAAUGGGGAAAUGUUGAGGAAGAUGACUGGGGCAGCCCCUUUAAAAAAACACACUGAAUGGAAACAACAAUAUUACAGUUUCAACAUUUAAAAAAAAGACCUAUGUUGAAUGUAUACUGGGCAUAUCUGGACUGUUUUGUUUCACAUUUCACAUUUUAAUGCCUUGGCUUAAACUAAGUGACGAUGCCUGCCUCACAUUACAUUGUGGUCACACCUACACUAAACCACAAACUUCUAAAAAGGACAUAUGCAAUACCUUUCAUCAGUACAAAACAUAAAACUGUCAAAACAAAUGAACAAUCUCUGAAAUUACUGGAAGUACUGAUGAAUUGAUCAAACUAACAACAGCCCAAAUAUUUGUGAAACAACAGAAAGCAUGAACCUUUUCUUGGUUGGGUUCAUUUAUACAUUUUGAUUUGUCAUUUUUUAUUAUAUAUUAUUGUUAUUAUUAUAGCUAAUAGUUGUGUUCUUUACUUGCAUGUCAAUAAUAUCAAUAUUUGUUUACUGUCUGUUACAUUUGCUACUAUGUGAAAAAUAAAUGAUAGGUGUUGCACUCUGGAGCUCCCUAGUGGACAAGAAGGCCUCUGCAAUUCUCUUACCACAAUGACUUCAUGAACUUUGAAAAAACAAAGAAGCGGAAGACUGAAUGACUGUCCCACUUGUGAACUCAUACCGGCAUGUUUGUUUGCUGUACAGAUGACAAAGAACAUCACAUCUGAUCAGCAACAGCAUUUCCACAUUUUACUAAACAAAGACAAAGGUUAAAGUAAUUUGUAGCAGGAUCAAAUUUGAGCAUGAAACAUUUUGCAUUUUGACUUGGUAACAAAAGCAGAAGGUAGAUAAGGUCACUACCACCCCACACAGGUGAAACAACCCUUAUGAAUAUAUGUACAUCAGAGCAAAGGUUAAUAGAGUGCUAUCUAACUUGUUGCGUCUUUUUUCAAAAAUUGAAAAUCACAUUUUCAUAUUGUCUACAAAAUGAAUGAAUCAGAUGGACAGUAUGUUUUUCACAAUAUUACUUUCAAUAAACCUCACCAAAUCAUUGUUGUGCAUUGUACAU